GAGUAUAAAGAAGACAAAUAUUUGCUUUAGAUACUGGCAGAGACAGAAAAACAGGAGCGAAAAAGGUGCAUUGACAGAAACGCACAAAACAGGAGUAUAAUUGCAAAAUAAUAAUAACAAUAAUAUUUCACAGGUGAUAUAACCACAAAGCACCAGCCAGCAGCCAACUAAUGAGCAGCUAAGCAGAGCGAGAGCGAGAACGUGGAGUUAAUGGUAGGUUUGGACAAGAAAGACGGUCCCAGGAAUAGUACAAUCAUAUGGGGUCAAAAACUAAAUAUAAAAAUAGCAAUACUCAUGCUACUAACAAAAGUGGGAGUGUAAAAAUUCUGAAGCAAUCACUCGGAAAGUAGCGGGUCACCUCUGGAUAAAUGCUAUGGCACAGUCAAUGCGCGCCCCACUUUACAAAGGCCAAAGAAGUAUUAUUAGAAACAAGACUUGAAAUAAAUGCAGUUUGUCUUCCUCUUACUAACCAGUUCGUUAUGCCAAUUUAUUUACUUCCACCAACUCCCAGAAAACCCAAAUAUUCACUUUAUAGAAACACACACAUGGAGCAUGUGUGAGGUUUGAUAAUUAACAGGUCCUUUCUUCUUGCUGCUGCAAGGCUGAACAACCAAGCCUGCUUCCAGCAGACCACAAACAUCAUUAAUAUCUAUGCAAAAUAACAGUUUUCAAUGUCUUUAUUUCUCAUGUGCAGCAACUUAAUAUUUACUUUCUAUCCCUUGUGUGCACUGUCCUUUAACUAUCUCCUGCUUCCACGCUGCAAAUUCCCCCACUGUGUGAUAAAUAAACGAUUAUCUUAUUUUGUCAUGACAAAAUGAUGCCAUUGUGAAAUUGAAAUAUCAUUAUGAGCAAAAAACAUGAACACAUUUGGGAUUUUAUUAACCAAAAAAAAAAAGAAAAGAAAAGGAAAGAACAAUAAUUGUUCUGAUGCAGUUAUCUGACUCAUUUAUGGAACAGUGGGGAUUCCACUCACUUGCAACUAAAUGAAUAUUCUCACCGUGUCGGUUUAUUACUGACAGGAUACCUUCUUCUUCUCCCUGUAAAAGUAAUAAGCUGUGCAGAACAUGGGCACAUUGACAACCAUAUGUCACAGUUGCUCACAAAAGGAGAAGAGGGGACUCUGGGAUGAGAUGCCAGGUGAGAGAUGAAGAGGAAACAGUUGGGAAUAGUUCGAUAUGAGGGGGGAGUGGUCUGAAAUCUCGCUGUCCUUUAUUGGCGUGGAAAAAAAGACAGACGCGCUUUGGAGUUCAUUGCUAGGACGUCUAGCAGGUCUUUCAUCCACGGUGCAGCGUGUGCGGUGCGGUGCGGCGCUCUAUCCCGGUGUCCUCCUGUCCUGUGUCUUCUGCCCACUGCCGUGUCUCCUCUCCCGAACAGCCAAACGGAGGAGUGCUUGGCCCAGGAAAUAUUCUCCACUCUGUGGCAACUGGAUGGGAAGAAGGAGAGUCUUUGACCUUGGAAAAUGAAGAUGUUGUUGCCAUGGGAACUGUUAAUCCUUCUGUCACUCAAAGAGUGCCUCGCUGAGAAUACGCGUCACGGCCCUGUCUUCACCCAGGAGCCUAGCGACAGUAUUUUCCCAAUGAGCACUGGAGAUAAGCAGGUGUUCAUUAAUUGCAAAGCAAAGGGAAACCCGGCUCCACAUUACAGGUGGAAAGUGGAUGGGAAAGAGAUAAACACAGACUCGGAUCUGAACUACAGCCUCGUGGAGGGGAACCUGUUGAUCACCAACCCUCACUUCAUCAACCACGGAGGAGUGUACCAGUGCAUCGCCACCAACGCCUUCGGGACCGUCGUCAGCAGGGAGGCAAAGGUCCAGUUUGCAUUUCUGCAGAACUUCAGCAGAAAGUCGAGGAACACGGUGUCGGUGAGAGAGGGUCAAGCUGUGGUUCUGCUCUGCGGCCCUCCGCCGCAUUACGGAGAGAUCAAAUAUUCAUGGGUUUUCAACGGACAACGCAGCUUCCUGCAGCAGGACGCCCGUCGCUUCGUCUCCCAGAAGACGGGCAACUUGUACAUAGCCAAAGUGGAGGCCUCGGACGCGGGGAACUACACGUGUGCAGUGAGAAACAUGAUGACCAACGCCACGGUGCUCAGCUCCCCGACCCCCGUGGUGGUACGGAGGGACGCAGUGAUGGGCGAGUACGAGCCAAAGAUCGAGGUUCAGUUUCCCGACACCCUUCACGUCUCCAAAGGAUCCUCAGUGAAGCUCGAAUGCUUUGCCUUGGGAAACCCGGUGCCUUCCAUCUCAUGGAGAAGAGCUGAUGGAAAUCCACUCCCUGGCAAGAUUAAAAUCAACCACUCCAGCGGGGUUCUGGAAAUUCCAUAUUUUCGCCCAGAGGACGCCGCUGUGUACGAGUGUGUAGCAGAAAACAGCAGAGGACGAAAUGUUGCCAGAGGGCAACUUAUUUUCUACAACGUGGAACAUCUACACUGGGUCCAGACACUGAAAGAUGCCCAAAUGGCGAUCGACGCGAACCUGCAGUGGGAAUGCAAAGCCAUCGGUAAGCCACGGCCAACAUACAGAUGGCUGAAGAACGGUGAGCCACUAACAUCAGAGGGGCGGAUCCAUGUGGAGGCCGGCAGACUCACCAUAUCCAAGAUUAGUUUGUUGGACUCUGGGAUGUAUCAGUGUGUAGCAGAGAACGAACAAGGGUCUGUGUACGCCAGCGCUGAACUUAAGGUUGUAGCCUCGCCGCCUGACUUCACCCGGCGGCCCGUGAAGAAGUCCACAGUCGUCCAGCGGGGGGGCGAGGUGGUGUUGGAGUGUCGCCCCCAUGCUUCCCCGAGGGCCUCAAUCUCCUGGUGGAGAGGGGGAGAGCUCCUGAAGGACAGCAGGAGACAGACCAUCAUGGACGACGGGACGCUACGCAUCGCCAACAUCUCCAAAUCUGAUGGAGGCAGGUACACGUGUGUGGCCAGAAACCUGUUUGGGAUGUCCAGCAGCACCGGGACGCUGGUGGUCAAAGAACCUACCAGGAUUAUAGUCCCUCCUCUGAGCUUGGAUGCCACUGUGGGACAGAGUCUCGUGUUGCCCUGCGAGGUGUCCAGCGAUUCAUCCCUGAGUCCUGUCUUCAAGUGGUUUUUCAACGGCAAAGCCAUUGAUUUCAACAGGCAGGAGCACUUUGAGAUGAUCGGAGGGGGAUUCGCAGGUGACCUGAUGGUGAGGAACAUUCAGCUGAAGCAUUCUGGGAAGUAUGUGUGUAUGGUGCACACUGAAGUCGACACAGUUUCAGCAGCAGCAGACGUAAUAGUCAGAGGACCUCCCGGGGCCCCGGAGGGCCUGACGGUGACUGACAUUACUGACACCACCGUGCAUCUGUCCUGGGGCUCUGGACCUGACAACCACAGUCCUGUUACCAUGUACAUAGUGCAGGCCCGGACCCCCUUCUCUAUAGGCUGGCAGACUGUGAGGACAGUUCCUGAUUCUGUGCCUGGACAGAUGAUGCAUGCAACAGUGAAAGAGUUGACCCCCUGGGUGGAUUACGAAUUCAGGGUGGUGGCAAUCAACGGUGUUGGUGUCGGAGAACCCAGCACGCCGUCAAAACAGAUUCAAACCAAAGCAGCAGCUCCCAAGGUCGCACCAGUUAACGUGAGCGGUGGUGGAGGAGCUCGAGGAGAACUUGUUAUUAUGUGGGAGCCGGUUCCAGAGGAACAGCAGAGCGGAGAGGACUUUGGCUACGUUGUCGCUUUCCGCCCACUUGGCAGCAGCACCUGGAUCCAGACGGUUCUGGCUUCGUCCGACGCAUCCAGAUAUAUUUACAGGAACGACAGCAUCGCACCCCUGUCCCAGUUUGAAGUGACGGUGGGAGUCUUCAACAGCAUGGGAGAGGGGCCCUUUAGCCAAGUCGUCAGAGUGUUUUCCGCCGAGGAAGAGCCCUCCGAGGCGCCGUCCAGAGUGUGGGCCCGCGCCGUGUCCGCCUCUGAGGUCGAGGUGUUCUGGGAACCGGUUCCCUCCAUGUCCAGCAGCGAAAAGAUUGUCGCAUAUGAGGUCCUCUUCUGGGAGGAAGGAUCUCAGCAGAGCGAAGGCGACACGGUGAGGGUUAUCAACAGCACAGCUCUCCUCUCCGGCUUGAAGGGCAGCACGGCCUAUCAGAUCUCAGUGAGGGCCCAGAACAGCGCUGGACUCGGACCUCGCAGCCCCGCUUUUAACAUCACCACCAAGAAACCGCCGCCUAGUCGGCCCCCCGGGAACAUCGAGUGGAACCUCACCAACUCUAAGAUCUUUCUAAACUGGGAACACGUCAAGGCGAUGGAGAAUGAGUCCCAGGUGACGGGGUACAAGGUUGUUUACCGGCAGAAUUGGAACGGCAGGACCACGGUGCUGGAGACCAACAAGACCAGCGUGGGGCUGCAGAUGCCUCCUGGAGAAGACUACCUCAUUGAGAUCAAAGCUCUGACCGAAGGGGGCGACGGCACCAGCAGUGGUCCCAUCCGCAUACCAAAGAUGUCCAGUCUUAACUCAAACGGAUGUGUGUGUCCAGUGCCUGUUCAGAUGAGCUGUCUUAUGUUUUUUAUCUUUUCUAUGUUCAUUUUGUAGCUUCUGAUGCAUUUAGAAAUGCGCUCUGGACGAUGACUGGAUGUACUUUCCUCUAUUGCUUGAUUUUCCUAUACAUGCCAGAUUUUUUGGAACAAGCUGCAGCAAGUUUUUUUUUUUUUUUUUUUUCUUUCCAGCUACUGGUUUGGAAACCAGCGCGGAAUAAUAGGGCCGUCCUGACAAACUGUCAAAUGCCCGCUCGAUGCACUCGAUGCACGCAUGAUAAAAAGGAAUUUGACCUGAACACGGGUUCAUGUCCCUGUUUCUCCUCUGGGCUCUUUGUUUCCACCUAUUUUGCCUAAAAACUCCAAGAACCUUUCUUCGAUUUGUUUGCAGAGGGCACGACAACCUAACUCAUUUUAUUCCUCUAAUAUGACAGGAAAAAUGCUUUUUUAAACGAUAAGUCGUCAUUUUAGGAAAUCUGCUCUAGUCCUCAUGCUCAGCUGACUGACAUGCAUGCAUGUGGGUUUUUCAGGACAGGCUGUUAGUGAAGCCUCUUUCAGACCUUGCGUGAACAUCCAUCCUGGGCAAUCUGAUCACAAGUUAAAUCUGGCAUAUGGCUCCCUCUGAAUUUAAUGCCGUGAGUCGUCUACAGAUGCUUCAACAUGUUGGUGGCGUUGCUUGAAAUUACUGCGCUGUUUAAAUUGCACGUUGCGCUGUUACAGUCCCCUCUGGUGAAGUGAAGCCACACUUUGGCCCACUUCCAUGUCACACUUGUGGAUGACGUGCUUCAACGUAAUGAUGAUUCUUCUUCUGUUUUAUGGCCGUUGGGAAAUAACAUUUACCCUGUGUCUGAAACCGUUCAGUCCCUAACCCCUACUCCCUA